UCUGCCUCCCCCUGCGUGUUACGAUUAGAACCGUAGCGUCUGGAGGAGACUUUUAAAAAUUUUCGUUCCCCAGUCCAGGUCGUUGCAACGUGUGUGCGGAGCAAGAGCCUCCUGGUUUCCUGUUCUUCCUACUUAUGCUUUGGAAGCAUCUUUUGUUUGUGGGGAAAAAUUAUGCACCAUUUAAAGCAAUGCCAGCUUCCUCUUAGUCAGAAGGGGCCAGAGAUUUGGCUGAAAACAAAUUUCCGCUAGUAUUGAGGCUAGUAGAGAAAUGGAAGCUAGAAUGGGCUCUUCUUGAUCAGGUAGGAACUAGCUGCAUACCAGUUGUGCCCAGGUCGAAUUGAGGUCCAAAUGGAUGGGGAAACUUAUGUAUAUGUCUGCAAGUUCUUUGGCAAACAUCAGAGAUCACCACUGGCCUAUGAGAGGUUUUGCCAACCCCACGCAAAUGUGGACUAUAUCAAGAGAGAAUCUUUCACCUACUUGGACUUUUUCAAAGGGUACCUGCUUCCAAAUUUGCCCUGUGUUUUCUCUUCUUCCUUUACCAAGGGCUGGGGCAGCAGGAAGUACUGGGUGACCCAGGAUGGGAAACCUAACUUUGAUCACCUUCUUGGGAAUUUUGGGGAUGCUAUAGUUCCUGUGGCAAACUGCAAUAUCCAGGAAUACAACUCUAAUCCAAAAGAACAGAUUCCACUGAGGAAUUACAUAAGCUACUGGAAAGAAUACAUCCAGGGAAACUACUCUUCUCCUAAAGGAUGCCUGUACCUCAAGGACUGGCACCUGUAUAGGACUUUCCCAGAUCACCAUGUCUACACCACACCUGUGUAUUUCUCAUCAGAUUGGCUGAACGAGUACUGGGAUGAGCUGCAAGUGGAUGAUUAUCGUUUCGUUUACAUGGGGCCAAAAGGAUCAUGGACUCCAUUCCACGCAGAUGUCUUCCGCUCCUAUAGCUGGUCUGUCAACAUUUGUGGAAGGAAGAGAUGGCUACUCUUUCCCCCAGGACAAGAAGAGAGCCUGCUGGAUUAUCACGGAAACCUGCCCUAUGAUAUUACUGCCUCUGCCCUCCUUGACAGCCACGUGUACCCAAAAUACCCCAGCUGCUGUCCACCUAUUGAAAUCAUCCAGGAAGCUGGGGAGAUGCUUUUUGUCCCCAGUGGAUGGCACCAUCAAGUUUACAAUCUGGACGAUACCAUCUCCAUCAAUCACAACUGGAUGAAUGGCUGCAAUGUCACUACCAUGUGGCACUUCCUCCAGUCUGAGCUAAAUGCUGUGCAACAGGAGAUAGACGAGUGGAAAGACACAAUGGAAGACUGGCAUCAGCACUGCCAGGUGAUUAUGAAAUCAUGCACUGGAAUCGACUACAAAGAGUUUUAUAAUUUCCUCAGAGUCAUAGCAGAGAAGAGAAUUUCUCUCCUAGAAAAUGGUCCUGAGAUCAAACCCUUGGAAAGUAUUUGCAGUGACAAUCCUGGGCUGGGCCCCUACCAUGCAGUUUUUGAUUUAAGUCGAAUCUCUGAUGUGUUAGCAUCCUUGAUCACCAACCCUGACUUCCAGAAACUAGAGAUAGAUGAACUUUCACCAUCCCCAAAGGACCUGUUCAGCCACCUCAAAGAAAUAAUAAAUGCUUCUUCCCUCUGGUUAUGCUUUUGUGUUUUUGAAUUAAGGAAGUCAUCUAGGAACAUAAUUUAAA